GUGACUGUCUCGUUUCUCUCUUUACUGUCGUACUGACUCUUCUGUGAAUAUUUGGACAAAACCAAAAAAAGGAAUCAGUGAUCAGUGCAGAACUAAGGGAAACACUUUCAACAAGGAUUUUUGUGAAGUUAGUUUCAGAGUAGACAGCAGAUCUUUGGUGAUUCUGAUAGUUAUUCAUUCUUGAAAGCAACAUUCAGAAAGUGAAAGUAAAGUUCAGAUCGUUGGAGCUUUUAGAAACAGUAAACAUGGCUUCACUAUCUGUGGAAGAUCUUUCUUGUCACGUGUGCUGUGAAAUCUACAAGGAUCCUGUUUUACUGUCGUGUAGUCACAGUGUGUGUAAAGAGUGUCUUCAACAGUUCUGGAAAACCAAGAGAACUCAGGAGUGUCCCAUCUGCAGAAGAAGAUCUUCAAGAGAUGAACCUCCUCGUAAUCUGGUGUUGAAGAAUUUAUGUGAUUCAUUCCUAAAGGAGAGAUCAGGAUGUGAGGAGAUCUGCAGUUUACACAAAGAGAAACUCAAACUCUUCUGUUUGGAUGAUAAACAGCAUGUGUGUUUAGUGUGCAGAGAUUCAGAGAAACACAUCAAUCAUAAAUUCAGACCCAUCAGUGAAGUUGUUCCGUCUUACAAGGAGGAACUCAAUACUGCACUGAAGUCUUUACAAGAGAAACUCAAACACACUGAAUACAUUAAGGAAGAGUUUGAUAAAGCAGUUCAACACAUCAAGACUCAAGUUGAGCACACAGAGCGUCAGAUUAAAGAGGAGUUUAAGAAGCUUCAUGAGUUUCUCCGAGAUGAAGAAGAAGCUACAAUCACUGCACUGAGAGAGGAAGAGGAGCAGAAGAGUCAGAUGAUGAAGGAGAAGCUUGAGGAGAUGAACACACACAUCUCAGCUCUUUCACACACAAUCAAAGACAUGAAGGAAAUGAUGAAAGCCAAUGAUGAUGUGUCAUUUCUAAAGGUGACAGUCAAACUCUCAUCAUUGAUUUCUGCUCUUAUUGAUCAUUUGAGGAGAUCAUCAAGUGUUUUUUGUCUUUUGCAGAACUUUAAAGUGACAAUGGAAAGAGCCCAGAGAUCACAGCCGGAUCCACAGAUGACUUCUGGAGCUUUCAUUCAUGUGCCACAUUACUUGGGAAACCUGACAUUCAGAGUCUGGAAGAAGAUGCAAGACAUUGUUCACAAGACUCCUGUGAUUCUGGAUCCAAACACUGCACAUCCAUUUCUGAUCCUGUCUGAUGAUCUGACCAGUGUGAGAUGCAGUGAGGACAGACAACCAAUUCCUGAUAAUCCAGAGAGAUUUGACUGGUUUGAGUGUGUUCUGGGUUCAGAGGGUUUUAAUUCAGGAACACACUGCUGGGAUGUGGAGGUUAAAGACAAUAGAUGCUGGAUUAUUGGAGUAACUACAGCAUCAAAUCAGAGGAAGGGAAGAGUUUUCUUCAACACUGAUGUCUGGAGUGUGCAGUAUGAUGAGGAUGAAGUAUUCUCACUAUACCUCGAUCAUCCCUCCACUGUGUUUCCUGUCAUACAGUAUCUUGAGCGUGUGAGAGUUCAUCUGGAUUAUGACGGAGGAAAAGUGUCAUUCUCUGAUCUUGUAACUAACACACAUCUACACACAUUCACACACACAUUCACACACACACUCUUGCCAUUCUUCUGGAAUUAUGAUGAUACAAUCCCUCUGAGGAUUUUACCAGUUCAACUGAUUGUGACAGAAAAUCACAGUUCUGACUGAUUGUGAUUAUAGAUUAUAAAAUAAUUUGUGACUAAAAUCAUUGUGAAUUGUGAAACUCUAUUAUUUGUUUAUUCAUCUUUGUAAACGACUGAUAUGACGUGAUUUUAGACUUUAUUCUUUUAUCUGUGUGGAUGCAGCAUCACACAAAAGCAGAAGGUUUCAGUUACAGAUGUCAUUGUAGAAAUACUCGAUUAACAGGUGUAUUAUUUUCAUAAUGCACACAUGAAGUCUUUAAGUGUCUGAAUAUGUUGUGAAUAGUUUACUUGUGCAUUAAACACAUGUUUAAGUGUCUGUUGAGUGUGAACAUUUAAAACUAUCCAGAGAAAUAUCUAGAAACUUACACUUAACAAACACGUACACUCAACUUAUGUGUCUGUGAUAUCUUCUCAGUGAAGUGAUAUAAUUCAACAGAAACAUUAAAGUAUACAGGUGCAUCUCAAUAAAUUAGAAUGUCAUGGAAAAGUUCAUUUAUUUCAG